CACCCGCAUUCAGCGCCGCAUCCCGACGCUGUCCUCGCGCACAGCCUUGGCAGCGCUCUUCGAUUGCCUUCUAUUCCCAUCCAAUCACCAGCAAAGCUGCGGGCGAGGAGGGUAUUCCAAUCAGGGCUCCUGAGUCCCAGACCUCAGGUGGUGACAAACUGGGUGCCUUCAGCUGCCCUCCCAACCUGGUCCCGGAGUGCACUCGUCUUUGAGUCCACCAGCAGCGGUGCAACUUCCCCGGGGAGUCAACUUUAAGUCAACCUGAGGACUUGGUGCAGCGGAAAAGGCUGACCCUCUCAAGAAACGGGCACUCGGCUAGAGGAUUCCCGCUCAUUUGCAGUGGCUCCAAGGAGGGUCGGAUCCAGCAGCUCAGGAGUGGAACCCUAGGCGCUUCUCCCAGUGCACUUGGACUGCGCUUCGGGUCCCCGCCCCGUAGCGCUACGCCUUAAAGGGCUCAAGGCCGGGCGCACUUCGGGGCCACGGUCAUGGAGGGCGCUUUCUCAGCCAACUGGAGCGCCGAGGCGGUCAAUGCGAGCGCCGCGCCUCCUGGGACCGAGGGCAACUGCACCUCUGGACCGCCGCGGCGUAACGAGGCCCUGGCACGCGUGGAAGUGGCGGUGCUGUGCCUCAUUCUCUUCCUGGCGCUGAGCGGCAACGCGUGUGUGCUGCUGGCCCUGCGCACCACGCGCCACAAGCACUCACGCCUCUUUUUCUUCAUGAAACACCUGAGUAUCGCCGACCUGGUGGUAGCUGUGUUCCAGGUGCUGCCGCAGCUACUGUGGGAUAUCACCUUCCGCUUCUACGGGCCAGACCUGUUGUGCCGCCUGGUCAAGUACCUGCAGGUGGUGGGUAUGUUCGCCUCCACCUACCUGCUGCUGCUCAUGUCGCUUGACCGCUGCCUGGCCAUCUGCCAGCCGCUGCGCUCACUGCGCCGGCGUACGGACCGUCUGGCGGUGCUAGCCACGUGGCUCGGCUGCCUGGUGGCCAGCGCGCCGCAGGUGCACAUUUUCUCGCUGCGAGAGGUGGCUGAAGGCGUCUUUGACUGCUGGGCGGUCUUCAUCCAGCCCUGGGGCCCCAAGGCCUACGUCACGUGGAUCACACUCGCUGUCUACAUCGUGCCAGUCAUCGUACUCGCUGCCUGCUAUGGCCUCAUCAGCUUCAAGAUCUGGCAGAACCUGCGACUCAAGACGGCGGCGGCAGCAGCUGCGGCCCAGGCCCAAGGACCCGAGGGUUCGGCGGCGGGUGGUGAGGGUCGCGCGGCCCUGGCGCGGGUCAGCAGUGUCAAACUCAUCUCCAAAGCCAAGAUCCGCACCGUCAAGAUGACCUUCAUCAUCGUGCUGGCCUUCAUUGUAUGCUGGACACCAUUCUUCUUCGUGCAGAUGUGGAGCGUCUGGGAUACUAAUGCACCCAAGGAAGCGUCAGCCUUCAUCAUUGCCAUGCUCCUGGCCAGCCUCAACAGCUGCUGCAACCCCUGGAUCUACAUGCUCUUCACGGGCCACCUCUUCCAUGAACUGGUGCAGCGCUUCCUCUGUUGCUCCUCUAACCACCUGAAGGGUAGCCGCCCAGGAGAGACAAGUGUCAGCAAAAAGAGCAACUCGUCCACCUUUGUCUUGAGCCGACGCAGCUCCAGCCAGAGGAGCUGCUCCCAGCCGUCCACAGCGUGACCCACUGGUCUAGGCCAAAGCCACCUCCUGAGGCUGAGUUGUGCUGACGGUAGAUGGGGGUAGACGGUCUACCCCCUGGUGGCCCAUAUAUGUGUAUGUCUAAGGUAUUGAUCAGCUUGUGUCCCUCCACACCUUGAGGUAGCUUGAGUGUGACUGCCAUGGGGUGGGGAAGUGGUUUCUGUGGUGGAAGAUGUAAGGGUGACUCAUCCAUCAGACAGUUCCCUCUGGGCUCCCACAUGUUCUUCUGCUAUCCUGAUCCCAAAGCUAUUCACUGCAGUGGGUGGUUGUUUUCUCCCCUGGACCUCUCCAGUAUCUUUUUACUCCUUUAUUAUAGGAUCUUGUGAAAGGAAGUAAGUAUGGAAUUGGUGACCAGCUGGAUCAGGAUACCCAGUGUUCUGGGCUUGGGAUAAGAAGUGUGAGUGGGACCUCAGCUGGGGAGGGUGGUGCUAACUUCCUCCUGACCCAGAGAGAGUGCUUUUGCCUCUGAGUAAGAAAUCUUAACAUCCUUGGGACCAGCUGUCAGAAGAUAACCCUUGGAGGAGGAGGUUCUAUCUAAGACCAUCUGGCACAGGUAACAAAUGAGCACUUGGUGUGAAAAUGUUUAAGAAGCUAAUAUUUAACAAGCAUUUUGGAAAGAGAAAUAAAAGGAAUCCAGAUGGGAAGGAAGAACUAGAGCUGUUUGUACAUGGCAGGUUUUGAAUAUAUAGAAAGUCCUAAGGAAUUCACACACACACACACACACACACACACACCCCUAUGAGACUAAUAAAUGAGUUCACCAAAGUUGCAGGAUAGAAGAUCAAUAUAUAAAGGUAAAUUGCAUUUCUUUAUACUACCAAUAAACAAUACAAAAAUUAAGAAAUAAUCCCUUUUAUAAUAGCAUCAUAAAGAAUAAAAUAGGAACACAGUUAACAUAAGAAAUGCAAAACUUGUGCCUUGAAAACUAUGAAAUAUCAUUGAAAGAAAUUAAAGUCUUUCAUUAAUGAAGACACCUGCAUUCAUGGAUCAGAGACUUACUAUUGUUAAUACCUCAAUACUAUCCAAAUUGUUGCACAGAGUUAAUGCAAUUCUUAUCAAAAUAUUAACUGGAUUCUUUGCAAAAAUUGAUGAGCUGCUCCUAAAAUUCAUAAGGCAAUUCAUGGAACCAAGAAUAACCAAAAAAACCUUGAAAAAGAAAAGCAAAGUUGGUGGAUUCACACUUUUUGAUUUCAGAAGUUACUCUAAAGCUAUAGUAAUCAAAACAGUGUGGAACUGAAUUAUGGAUAGACAUUUAGAGCAAUGGAGUAGAAUAAAAAGUACAGCUAUGAUCCCUUGUGUUUAUGGUCAAUUUACUUUUACCAAGAGUACUAAGAUGAUUCUGUAGGGAAACAAUCAUUUUUCAAACAAAUGGUGCUGAAUAUGCACGCAUGGAAGAAUGAAGUUGAACCCUUACUCAUUCAUACCAUACCAAAAACCAACUCAAGAUUUAUCCAAGACCUAAAUGGAAAAACUAAAACUAUAAAACUCUUAGAGGAGAACAGGCAUAAAUCUUUGUGAUCUUGGAUUAGACAAUUGUUGCUUUGAUGUGACACCACAGAUACAAGCAAAGGACAAAUAGAUUAAUUGGAUUUCAUCAAAAUACAAAACUGUUUUAUAAUUAUCCAGAGAGUAAAAAGAGAACUAUAGAAUAGGAGAAAAUAUUUGCAAAUCAUAUUUGAUAAGGGAUAUGUAUACAAAAUACAUAAUGCUUAAAAAUCAAUAAACAGAAAAGUCAGCCAAUUUAAAAAUUGGCAAAGAUUUGGAUAGAUAUUUCUCCAAAGAAGGUAUACAAGACACCAAUAAGCAGAUGAAAUGAUGCUCAACAUUAUUAUUUAUUAGGAGAAUGCAAGUCAAAACCACAGUGAGAUUCCACUUCUUUUUAGGAUGGCUACAUUCUAAAGACUGGACAAUAACAAGGGUUGACAAGGAUGUAGAGAAAGUGAAACUUUCAUUAAUUGCUAGUGGGAAUGCAAGUGAUGCAACCAUGGUGGAGACCAGUUUGGCAGUUUCUCAAAAGGUAAGCAUAGAAUGACUAUAGGAUUUAGAACUGCCACUCUUUGUUUUAAACCUAAGAGAAAUGAAAAGAUAUAUACACCGAAACUUAUAUACCAGAGUUGACCACAACAUAAUUUAUUAAUGUCCCAAAGAAGAAAUACCCAAUUGUCUACCAACUGAUGAAUGGAUUAAAAAAUGCAUAUCUAUACAUUGGAAAAGUAUUCAGCUAUGAAAAGAAAGUACCAAUUCAUACUACAGCAUAGAUGAACCUUAAAAAAUGCUGAGUAAAAGAAACCAGAUGCAAAAAGCCACACAUUGUUUGAUCCUAUUGUCUGAAAUGUCCAUAUGAACUAUAGAAAUCUAUAGAAAUUGAAUAUAGAAUAAUGAUUUUCAGGGACUGGAAACCACAAGAAAUUGAGAGCAUGUUGGGUUUAUUUUUUGGGUGGCGAAAAUAGUUUAGAAUUGGUAGUGAUGGUGCACAAUUUUGAGGACAUAUUAAAAACCAACUUUUUGGGGAUUUUUUUUGUGUAUCUGAACUGUACAUGUAAAAGAUACAAAAUAAAAAAUGUUCUGCAGUUGAAUUCAGGGAAAGCCAGCAUGAUGGAUGAAUUGCUUGGAAUUUCUUACCUCCCGGAGCUCUCGUUUCUUAUGUGACUCACUACUUCCGAGUUUCUGCAAGAGAGGGUGUUGCCAUUUUGGCCAACAGUAGCAGUGGCAAUAACACUGUCACCUGGCUCUAAUAAGGGCACAGGGGACACCUUGUAGCUGCAGAUUGUCAUGUUUUAUUCAGAAUAGCAAUUCUCCAUGGACCUCAAAGGUUUUGCUUUUCUGAUAAACAUGUUCUCAAAAGUACUCUCAGCCAGUGGAUAGCACCUGACUAUGUCUAAGAAAUACCUUUAGUCAUUAAAUACAGGACACUAUUGAUCAGAGAUUUUCUGUCUGGGAUUGGUUAGCUUAGUGCACUCUGGGGCACCUUUGACUAACUAGACACAUUUUUGAAUUGACUGAGAUACAGCAAGAGUACUUUCCCAAAGCCACAAUUCCAUCACACACACACACACACACAAAGCAUGCACACAAAUGAGCCAGCAUGGUCUCGAUGUUCUUGGAGAGAAGAGGCACACGUUGAAAUGCCAGUGUUCAAAAUCUUAUAAUUUAGUACAAGAUUUUCAGUAUCAACUGGAGAUGGAAGGCAAUACCAUCUGUGGAUUCAGACCUUGCACCUUGGUGCUGUGACAUGUGCCAACACCAGCCCAUCCUUCCUCUUUGGGAAGCUACCAGGAUGCUGGUUUGGGGUCUCUGUGCCCAUGUCUUGGAUCAUUGUGGUGCAAAUGCAGUGGUAGUGGGGUCUGUGCCUUGCAGAUGCUCUGGUCUUGCUGUUUCCUGAAAAGCUGCCAUCCUUGGAGCCAACUGAGGUUACUGGGGACCAGGGUGGUAGUCACCUUCCUGGUACCCUGGAGUUGUGAGGGUCUUGGGCAUCAAACCCAGCUGGGAUGCUGUCAUCAUUUUGUUCAUGCAAAAGCCCUACCUGGUACUUGGGGUCUUGUAAUGAUACCAGAGUCUGUGUUUUAUGGCACACAAGUGACAUUUGAUUUCAACAACAGCCCUGGAUUUAUACUCUCUCCUCCCAAUCUCAUCCCUGAGAAUAUUUUGUCUCUUGGUCUUUCUCCAAGCAAAGUCUAGAAGAAUGAGUGCAGAGGUCCAAAAUUCUCCCUGGACUUUGGUUAUCUGUGUCCUUUCCCAGACCCCCUGCCUGAAGUCUGCCCAGCGUCUGCCUCUUCCUUUAGUUCCAAACCUGUUCACCAUCUCAUGCAUGACUGGAGGUGCCAGUCAACUGGAGCCUGCUGGAGUGUUUCACAGUUCUGAUCAUCAAAAGUGAAUGUGUAGGCCCUGAGCAUUAUUUCUUCAAUCCCUAAACAAAAUCUGCAUAACAUGAUCUCCUUUUGGAAAUGAGUCUAUGUGUCACCAUUUCAGAAAAUGCAAGGGGACAUAAAUGCCUCUGAUGGAGAUCCUGGUUUCAGAAUUCUUUACUUUUUCUUUUUUUCUUUUUUCUUUUGUAUUCAGUUGCAGUGAAAUACCACUAAACACACAGUGUUAGUUUUGUCCCACUGUGGUGACCCCUGUGUACUGUGCCAACUGAUGAGUGAUGUGGCCAAUCAUGAUAUGUCUGCUUUGUACAGGUGCACUUAAUAAACAUCUUUUUUU